GUUUUGCUGCUACUCGCGCUACAACAAUAGGGCUACACUAAUAUGUUGAAAAAGCCAAAGAAUGAGGAAAGAAUGACUAAUAAUAAUUCGGAUGAUGAUUGUACAGCAGAUGAACUACCUGAUAUUGAUGCUGGUAACUGUUUCAAAAAAUUGAAAAGAACUGAACUUGCCUGUGAAGCUCCAAUGAUUGAAAACCUGGAGGAACUUCCAGAUGUAUAUUGCAUGCAAUCUCCAUCACAAUAUGAUCAAAAGGAAAGUCAAACUUCCAAGGCAUCUGAUGAUCAAGUUAAUAAUACAUCACCUGUACUGAAGCCAGAAAAGGUAUCCAAGACUGAUCCUCAUGCAUUUCCUUUGCGCAAGAAAAGAUUAUGUAAGCCGUGGGAUGAGUACUCUGUGACCUUGCCAUCAAAGUCUGAUGGCAAGACCUUAAUUUUUACCAGGAAACCCACCUUCAGUUUGGCAGGCUCGUCAAGAGAUACAGCAGAAGAGACUUCAGCUCGGUGUUAUCAGAACUACUUGUGGUGCAAAAAACGCAUUGCUGACUAUGACCGUAAGUUACGUGAGCAGUUCACCGACAUUGACAGCGAUGACAGCAUUGAGCACUACAAGAGGGAAGCUGACCGUAGACGUUGGAUGGAUAAAAAAGCCAUUCUCUCUGAGAGGAUAAAGAAUCUUGUGGCACUCAAUGGAGGGCCUUUUGAUGUUGACUUGGCUCUCAAAAAUACUGAUGAUUCUUGUGAUGAUCUUCCUAGUCUGUAUCCCCCUUCUUCAUGUGCUGCAGUUGACACCAUGAAUGACUUGAUGGAUGAGGCAUUGAAUUCCUCCAAGACCGGUAGUGAUGAUGACAUCAUUGUGGAAGAUAAAAGCUCAUUUCGUCGUCGGGUGAAGCACACCCUGGGUUUCAAGAGACGUCCUAAGAUGUGGCAGAAGAAGAGGAAGUGUGAUGACACUGCAGAUGUUGUUGAUCUAACCAAUGAGAUUGACAGUAAUGAUGACGGUGAUGUUGAAGUAUUGCAGCAUGACAAACCUGUUGUGUACCUAAAGACAGAAAGCCGCCGCAAGAAGCGUCGUUCUUCAUUGCGCCUGACAGAGAACAACAGCACCACAGCAGCUGCAGCUGCACAGACCAUCGAUCUUGUAGCCCCUGAGGCUGCCAUCCAGCCCCAACCCAUUGAUUUCAAUGACCCCAACCUGCUCUUUGGCACUCUUCUUGAACAACCUGAAAGAUUUGUGGUUCCCAAACUUGAUGAGAAGCAAGACUCGCCUGAUUCUACCAACAUCAAGGCCACAAGUGGGCCUGAUUUAUUAGCAGCCUCAGGACCGUUGAAUAAAUUAUCAGGGAAUUCUGAUGAGGGGCAUUUGUGCAGUGGAUCUGGCUCUUCUAAUGCUCCAAACAAAGUUGAUCCUUUAAUACCCAGUCAUUUGUAUGCUGGGCCUUCUGCUAGCAGCUUUUCAUCUAAUUCAACUCGAGACCCCCAUAGACUUGAUGAUAAAAGUCCUGUGGCAAUAGAGAAAAUUUGGGAGAUGUUGAAUAUUCCUGAUGAAGAUAUGCAGACUGUUCGAUUGCAUCAUCAGGCUUCUAGCAGUGGCUCUCUCCCUGUACCAGACUCUGUGUGUCUUCCUAAUUAUGGUCGCUCCGCCUCUCCACCCUCUCCCUACCGCACUGCUCCUCCUCCUGGCUGCUGCCCUGACAAUGACAGCUUGCAUGACUCAGUCACCAGACCUCUUAACCUAAAGAGCGGCCCUGGUGCUCUUGUGAGUGGGGCUGCAAUCGACAACUCUGACAUGCAUAUCAGCAACAACACAACUACAAGCUCUUCCCAGGGUCCUCAUGGUGACAUUUCACAAGGUGCUGUACAGACACGCUCACUGAUCAACCACGCUGCUCAGCCCAAUAAGGUCGACAUGGGCCACAGGCCUUUCCUGCAACCUAAUAGGUUUGGACCCUCACAGUCAUCAUCUAAUCCCUUUGGUAUUGGGCCCUCCACGUUCCUUCCCAUAAACCGGCCUACUUGUUCUGGUCGGGAGCCUUUGACCGGUGCAAGUACCAGCGGUUCGCAAGAUGAUUUUCUCUCUCGUUUCUCUAGCUCUGCGUCCCGCUCAUGCAAUGGUCUCCAACGUGCUCCCUCAGGUCCAAUCUUCCCUUCAACCAGCGCUUCUUUUAUCGGCCCUCUCGUCAAUCCUUUCCUUAGUAAACGACCAAUAAUGAACGGCUCGCAACCUGAGCUUCCUUCUGGGAGGAUUGAGCCUUCCUUGACAGGCAGGAAUCAAACGUUUCCUAGCAUGCCUCCUUCACAGGCCUGCACCCGCGUGAUGCGCUCUGCGUCCAUCCCUUCUAAUCCUUUGCAUCCCGUGCCUUGGGUUCGAAUGUUCAGAGAAAACGACCCUGUCCCUUCCAGCGCUUUCUCUAAUCCCAUGGGCGCUGCGGCUGGAGCAUCAAUUCCCUUGCCUCCAUCGGUCACCACUCAGUGCGCAAGUGCAAGUGUGUUUCCCUUUAGCGGUAGCACGCGGCCUUAUGUUUCAUCUAGUCUUAUGUCCAUGAAUAUGCAAGGCUCAUCUUCCAUUGCAAACCCGACGGCUGCUGGUGUUGCAGGUCCUUCUAAUAAUAACUCGGCACAAAAUGAUCUACGUCGUGAUGUCUCUGGCCCACCAACGGCUGCCGGCACCAGCACAAAUAAUUCUAGCCGAACUUCGUUAGCAUCUGCUCGAGGUGCUAACGAUGUCAUGGUUCUAGGAGAGGAUGAUGACAUGAAUGUUGUCAACAUUUCAACGCCAGCGGAAGAAGAAGAUGAUGAACCUGAGUCUGAGGAAGCCAGUACAGAACCUUCUUCCCCUGACGAUACUGAGCGAAGCUCCCGCAGUGACAAGCCAACAUCUGCCGCUCCUCCUGCUCCUGCAAAGUCCAAAGCUUCGUCGUCUUCAGGGAAUGACUUUGAGAUAUCAUGUCCAAUAUGCUGCGAUACUUUGAUGGACAUUAAGGAACGUCGUGGGCACCUCGUGUCGACCGUUUGUGGUCACCUCUUCUGUGAGGUGUGUCUGGACGCGGCCGUUCGCCGCACCAAGCAAUGUCCUACUUGUCGGCGUCGUCUCACCAAACGCCAAUUCCAUAAACUUUUCAUUUAAUCAGUCAUUUGAAUCCUAUCGAAACCAGUCAUUAAUGGUGGAACUUGUUGUCAAUCCUGAUAUACAAAAGCAAGUGAAGAGGAUGGAAUUCCGACUCAUCCGUUCUACCAUGCCCUCACUUAAUUGGCAUUUCAUUCGAUAAUAGAUCGAUUUAACAUCAAGUUUGACGAAAUUACGUCUGUGUCUUCAGAUUUUCAACGUGUGGUGCGUGUGAUAUUACCUUCUGAUGUGCACUGUACACGGUUUGAAUGAUUGUCUUGAAUUAACCGCUUGGGUUCUUGUGUUAAUCUCAUCACUUUCCAUCCAUGAUUAAUUUAUUUGCCGAGUCAAGUAUUGUAUUCAUAUCAAAUGAUUGUAUUUUAGUAUUGAACUAAAAUGCUAAUGCUCAUUUUAUCGAUAAAAAAAUGGUGAUUGUGUAGAGCCAGGAGCUCCGAAAUUGUUCAUACUCGCAAACAAUAAUGUUGAUUUAUAAUUGUUUAUUUUCUACAAAUUCCAUACUGAUUUCUUUAAGUUUAGCUUUCCUUCAGAUGGCCUUCACUUCUUGCGUCAAUUUACGCUUGUGUUUAGCUGCCAGAGUUGGUUUCAUAACACAAAUUUCAUGUCUUGUAAGUUGUUUAUUCUUCUGGGUACGAGGUGACAAGGUUUCUUGUAUACGUGGAUUUCACCCCAGACUAUGAUGUUAGUCUUGGCCAAGUUUACAGUUAAAACUACGGCACAUAGGAAUUAUGUCAUACAAGUUUAUGGAAAGAUUUUUAUAUUUCAAAAGGUCAUCAAGUUUUAUGUAUUAUCUUCUUCAAAUUUUUUGUUUAGCUCAGUGUUGAUAUAGUAGUAUAGUUUAGGUACGAUUGUAAAAACGUUUCUAUCAGUGCUCGAUUUUUUGUGUGCUUUUUCGAAUGUUUUUUGUUACCGACCUAUGUUACAUCUAAGUUCUUUACUUUUUCUUCAAUGAUAUUCAAUCUAAUUAUAUUAUUAUAUGCUUAGAGGAAAUGUAACAAUUUAUAUUCUGAACGAUAUUUAUGAUCGAACCUUUUCUUAUUCAAAGUGUUCAGGAAUAUUAAGAGUGAGAUGCAACCCAGCCUCACUACGUGCCUGCUUCCAACCACAGUCUAAUUACAUUAAAAAUAAAUACUUGUGAUGGAAAUUUCAUCUUCAAGUUGACAAUUUGCGAACCAUUUAUUUUUUGUGAAGUUUAAACUGUAUAGGCUUUUCCCAUAUUAUUUUGUAUAACUAUUAUGUUUUUUUUUCGUGAAUGUGUACCUAUAGCGUGACCAGGGCAGCUAAGGUGAGACUUCUGUAAGCCUCAUGCAUUAUCUUAAUCUUGAAUAAACUCUUGUACAUCCACGAUGAGAAAUAUCUUGCUGGUACCUACCCAUCACUGUCAGCUGCUGACAACUGCGUACCGACAACUGCAGGCACUGACAGCUGCCCAUUUAUAUCUUAUGUAUAUGUAAACUAUCACUGGUUAUUAUUUCCCGCUAUUGGAAAAUGCAAGUCUCUUCUUUCGUCAUCAUGUACGGUUUUUUCUUGUUUGUUAUUGCGGUUAUUAUUCAUGAUAUUCAUUAUUGACUCGAUUGUCAACCGUUGUUAACGCUGAACAAAAUGGCUUAAAAGUUUUUUUUCUAAUAAUUGAGGAUGCUAAUAAUUAUAAUAACUAAGUGGAGCUGUAACAUUACGAUCAUUCUGGCUUGAGAUGAAGUAUUACUGCACUGUGAAGUUACCAAUAUAAUAACAAGAAUAUUUCCGACCCUAAUAUUGUAAUGUUUUUUUAGGCGAUAUAUGUAUUCAAUUCGUCAACUAAGAAAACGUCGGGACAAAUUUAUUCGCCCAUAUUUGUGAUUAACUGAUCUGUUGUCGGCAUAGGUAUAUGAUAGGAUUAUAUUAAUUUAAAUGUUGAAAAUCUGUUAACAUCUACACAUUUGUUGUUAGCAGUUUAGUCAGCUGUCUUGAGGAUGCCAGGUUAUGAUAAACGGUUUGAUUUCUCUCUAUUUGGUUUACGGAGAUGAUGUGAUCAUUCAUGUCUGGAUUAUAGUUUUGUUCUAGUAAAAUAUGUUUGUUAAUAAAUAAUGUUUUUGGUUUUCCAAUUUUCUGAACCAAAAGAUCAAGCGGCUUGUGAAA